AGUUGUGUCAGUGGUAUAAGUUGAGAGCAUUUUCAAUAACUUUUAAUGUUAAUUUAAUUCCUGUUGAAUUUAAACUGAUUUAUAUUGAGAUAUCCCUACUUUUGAUGUUAGAGUUGAUAAUUAUGCUAUAAAAAUGAGUAAACGUUCAGAGAUACCACAUAAGUCGAACAAUACCGAUUUCAAUAUUUCUUUAUUUGAAAAUGCUUUGAAUGAUCCUGCAAGUAAGAAUAUUAUACUACAACUUCUCUCUGCAAAUCAGAAAAAUGUAUUUGAGUUAUUUAAACCUGGUCAGUUAAAUACCCCAGUGAAAAGGGUCAAGAGAACCGAACAUUGUGAAAGUCCCACAGCAUUGCUUAGAAGGAGAGAACUGGAGAAAAUAAAUCGACCAGGUACGCCAGAGAGUGGUCUAUCACACAUAUCAGAACAAUCUACUAAAUCUUCAACCUCUGGAAGGAGUUCAACAAUACCCUUUGAAAGGAUUCUGAGCGGUGUUAUCGCAUAUGUGGAAAUCAACAGUAAUGGGACUGAUAGAUCGGGUGGUGCUAAGGCGCUGCUUAAGUCUAUGGGUGCAAUUGUAUCUGAGAAGUUUACUAGGGAUGUAACACAUGUAAUAUUUAAAGAUGGUUUAUACACAACCUUUCAGAGGGCUAAACUAUUAAAAGUGCAUUUGGUGUCUGUACUGUGGUUAGAAGCUACAAGAAGAAAUGGUUUUAGAGCACAGGAAAAAAAUUUUCCUGCUCUGGGAACCAAAAAUUAUGACCUGAAUGUAUCAUUUAUUUGUUCACAAAUGCAAAAAGAUUAUGAGGAAGUUGUGAGAGAUGAAAUAAGAAAAACUUUGAAAUCUGGGACUCCCCUUCCGUCUACUGAAACUUUGAUGGAAAGUAGAAGAAAAACAAUAGGAACCAGCAGCCAAUCGUUCAGUUCAAGGUCAAAAUUGUUUGAUUCCCCAAGUUUCAAAAAUAAUGAUAUGACUACUAUCAUAUCAAAACUUCGAGGAGAGUCUACUUCAAAGGUUAAGAAAUCAAGACCAUCAAGUAUGACAUUGCAAAAUAGUUCCUCUGCUGCCUCUACUGACGAAGAUCUUUCAACUAUUUCAAGAAAAAUACGAAGCGAUUUGUUAAAUUCUUCAUCCGAAUCGUUCAGACCUCCAAGUUUGAAACUUGGAUCAAACGAAGAAUCUGAUUCAGGUUCUGAAUGUGGUAUGAUAAAUGGAACUUUUAGUCAAAAAGAAUCUAUAGUUGAUGACACUUUCAAUGGGAUAGAACCUCUGCAAGCGGAGGAAGUUUAUGCCUCAAAUAUGGAAAUAACUUGUGCUGAAGAUGAAGGUUCUCAAUUACUUCUAGCUAACAAAAAUAGAACUUCAAAUUCAACAACAAACAUGGAUUUAACUUCACCAACUGGGGGUAACAUAUUACAAAACCUGAAGGAAAGCAUUUUGAAUUCCUUAUCUCACCCCAGUUCAAGGAAUCAGCAUGUAAGUGGUUCAACUCCAAUGAAAACGCCAAAAAUGUCGAAAAUGAAAUCUAAAAAAUCUAAAUCCUCUGUCCAAAAGAAAAAUGCAGAAGAAGAUACAUGCUCUACGCCGAAUCUAGACAGUGAAAAUGCUAUGUGUGAAGAAGAUUUCUAUAAUUUACAAACACCAAAGCUCAAAGUUUCUAGAGCUAAACUGCCUAAACCUUUCAAAAUAAUCACAGAAGAAAAUGAUAAGGAAAAUUUGUCGCUAGAAGAAGAAGUCGGGAGUGCAAUGUCAUCAUUGAGAAUCUCAAAUAAUUCCAAGAGGAAAUCGAGUACUUCCAAACAUUCCAAUCCCAAUUCUUCGGAAACUACUAAAAAAUCUACAGGAACUCCUAUGUCGUCUUUGAGGUUGAGCAACAGUAAUAACGAGGAGAACUUAACUUCUGAUGUUCCAUCCUUGAGAAUUUCAUCGGAAAAACAGAACGUUGACGAAAUCAUUGAAUUGAAUGAUGAAACCACCCAAGGAAAAGAGGAUUCUCCUCCAAGAGAACCUUUGCCCUUGACUCCUUUUGUGACUGAAAGAAAGAAACGAAACAACAGAAAAAGCACUAAAAAAGAUUUUAUUGAUAACUUCAAUAGUCUAGAAAAAGAAACUGCAGAUACACCAGUAAGGAACACAAGAAGUUCCAGAAGAGAGAGUUUACUACUGAAUAAAGAAAAGCAAAAAUUCAAGGAAGAAUUGGAAAACAAUAACAGAAGUCAUGAUAAAAAUAAAGAAGUGGAGUUAGUGGCUGAAGAAAUUACUCCUAGACCUGCAAGGAAGUUUGCUUCUAAGACACCUUCAAAGCCUGAUGUUUUUAUUUCUCCUUUUGUUAAUACAAGACCUAGGAGGAAAUCUACCAUGAGAGCUCCCGAGGUUUGCAGCCCCCAAAUUGAAGCAGAUAGUAAAUCAGGUCCUACAAGAAGAUCUAGGAUAAGUAGAGCGAAAUCUGUGAGCACACCAGAAAAAAUUGUAGAAGGUAAGUUUCUCGUUGGAAAUAAAUUCUGUCUCAUUGAACUUUCAGUGAGUAAAUGGGACAAUCUUUCAAAUUUUGAAUAUAACUACUUGAUAUUUAGGUGCGAAAAGUUUAAUUCCUCAUUAUUGACAAAUUUUUUUGUAGAUGUACCACUUGAAUCACACAAUGAGCGCUCUACAGAAGAUCCUUCUAUUCCUGAGGCAAAAGAUUUGUCCAACAUAGUUGAGGAAGACGAAUCUUCUGAACUCAAUAAUUCUUUAAACAAGUCUACGAAACCUCUAGUUCUCCUCCAGGAUAUUUUGGUUUCACCACCGAAUGAUAUAAAAUCUGUGAAAAAAAGGGCUAGGAGAACUACAGUGUCACACGAAGAAAAGAGCACGGUUUCUUCAAUUUCAAAGGCAAACGAAGGUAGUGAAUGUUCUCCACCUAAAAGAACAAAGUAUGAUAAUGAUAAUAAAAAACCAGAAUUGAGUACUGGCAAAAACAGAAGAAUGUCUAGAAGAACAAGAAAUGUUCUAGUUAGUGGUGAUGUUAGUCAGGCAGAGAACGAUGAGGUGGUAGAAAUUGGAAAGGAUGGAAAAAGCAGACAAAGAACAACGAGAGGAGUUUCUCAAGUUGAAAAUGAUCAAAGUACAUUGAGUGAUGAACAAGGAAAAAAGGAUAACUCUGAAAAAGAUGAAAAAACGUCGAAAAACGUAGGACCUUCAAAUAACAGAAAUUGUAGGAGAAUUCGAAAACUUUACGACCCGGAUCUAGUAUAUGCAAGUGACGAAAUUCAAGAAAAUCCAGAAGUUAACGAUCAAGAAGAAAGAAAAGCAAUCAGGCAAGAAAAAGUGUUGAAAGUAAACGUAACAUCGCAGAACAACUGGCUCAACGGAAAUGUGCUGAUGACCAAGAAAGCCAUGGAUUUUUUGACACAGGCCAGAACCAGUCCGGAAGAUAUGAACAAGUUGUUCAAGAAACCAGAAUCUGUGCUGGAAAAACUCGGAGUCGAUAAAGGGAAGAGAGUGUUGAGGAAGAAGUCGUCGAUAAUGGACACUAGUGCUGAUGAACAAGUCGAUUUGGCUGAUGAAUUUGUGAAUAAGAAGAGGAAGAGUACUCCCAAAGAGACAGAAGCAACACAAAAAACCCCUAGCACCAGGAAGUCAAUGAGGCAUUUAACCCAGAGAGCUUUGACGACAGGUAGUAAAAGCAGACGAAGUACAAUGGAAUUCGUUCCAAAAAACUUGAAUUUGCCCAAGGUAAGAACCAAACUGAAUUUGGACCAGAAACCGACGAUAGUAUGCACCAAAAUGCAUAAAGCGGACGUUCAGAUGUUCAGUCAGAUAGUUAAGAAGUUGGGUAAAUUUGAAGUUGAAGACGAGGUUAGCGAGAGGACCACCCAUUUGGUGGUGGGCGAAGCGAAGCGUACAGUUAAUAUGCUGAGAGGUUUGUCUAGAGGAUGCUGGAUUCUGAAGCAGGAAUGGCUUCUUGCCUCUUUAGAGAAAGGUAAAUGGUUACCAGAAGAGAAAUACGAAGCUACAGAGUUUUCACCAGCUGUGCAGCAAUGUCGACUUAGAAGGCAGGCCUUCGGUCCAACUUAUCAUAUGAAUAUUUUUCUCGAUUGCGGGAUGAUCUUUGUGGCCAAGUCUACAAUGCCACGGUGUUCCGAUCUCAGGGAAUUGAUAACCCUCUGCGAGGGAAAAGUGACAAAGACCCCAGAUAGUGCCAAAAUAGCUGUGGGUUCAUAUUUGGAUGGUUGUGAUUGUGUAAAUGAAUAUUGGGUAUUGGAUUCCAUUACUGCAGGCAAAUUGAAAUCCUUGGACGAAUAUGUUAUUACUUCUCAAACCUUAAAAACUAAAAGUCCUUUUGUUUGAAUUUUACUAUUUGAGAUUAUAUAUUGAUAUUGGAUAAAUGUUGACAAGUGCCAUUUCUGAAAGAUAAUGAAGAACUGAACUUCUUUUUUUUUAACUAGGUAUAUUGUACAUUUUUACAUAUUGACAUUUUAAAUUUUUGAAAUAAUAUAUUAAAUUAUAUGUUAUUAA